AUGCUCGCGUCCAACGCGAGCCUGAGCGGCUGCGCGGACUUCAACGUCUCCCUGCCCGGGGACGGGCAGCCAGUGGGCGGCUCUCCGCGCUCCACCCUCACUCCGACGGGGAACGUCGUGGUGGCCGUGUGCUUGGGCUUCAUCGGCACUUUGGGACUUGUCAACAACUUGCUGGUGCUGGUGCUCUUCUUCCGCUUCAAGAUGCUGCGCUCGCCCAUCAACCUGCUCCUGGUCAACAUUUCCGUCAGCGACCUGCUGGUGUGCGUGCUGGGCACGCCGUUCAGCUUCGCCGCCAGCACGCAGGGACGCUGGCUGAUCGGAGACCGGGGCUGCGUGUGGUACGGCUUCGCCAACUCCCUCUUUGGUAUCGUGUCCCUGAUCUCUCUGGCCGUCCUCUCCUACGAGCGCUACUGCACCAUGAUGACCCCCACCGAGGCAGACUCCUCCAACUACUGUAAGAUCUCCUUGGGCAUCACCCUCUCCUGGGUCUACUCCCUCAUCUGGACCCUGCCUCCACUCUUCGGCUGGAGCCGUUACGGCCCAGAGGGGCCCGGGACCACCUGCUCCGUGGACUGGAAGGCCAAGACGGCGAAUAACGUCUCCUACAUCAUAUGUCUCUUUGUCUUCUGCCUCAUCGUGCCGCUGCUGGUGAUCGUGUUCUGCUACGGGAAGCUGCUGUGUGCCAUCAGACAGGUGAGCGGGAUCAACGCGUCGAUGAGCAGGAGACGGGAGCAGCGUGUCUUGUUCAUGGUGGUGAUCAUGGUCGUCUGCUACCUGAUGUGCUGGCUGCCUUACGGCGUCAUGGCGCUGCUGGCCACCUUCGGCUCCCCCGGCACGGUCACGCCCGAAGCCAGCAUCAUCCCCUCGGUCCUGGCCAAGACCAGUACGGUCAUCAACCCGGUCAUCUACGUCUUCAUGAACAAACAGUUCUACAGGUGUUUCCAAGCCCUAUUCAAUUGUGAGGCUCCUCUACGAGGCUCCAGUUUCAGGAGCUCCUCCAAGGUCGCUACCAAAGUGAUAAGGGGCGGCGCAUUGACUGGUCCUCGUCGUACCAACGACUUUUUAUUCAUGGUGGCCUCCCUGGGUCCGCCGGCCACUGCGGUGCCCCAACUGGACCCUACUUGUGAACCCUCCCUCGAUAUCACCAAAGCCCCUUCUUCGGACAUCAACAAACCCGUUGUACUGUCACUGGUGGCCCACUUCGAUGGCUGAUCGUUGGCUACAACCGUGGUUACGGCAUGAAAUCCUCUCACUCCCAGCCUUGAGGCAUUAAGGAGUGGCGUUUUUUUCUGGGUUUGGCACCGGUGAAGAGCUGUGGUCUGCUAAUCCAGACCAUUCAAAUGCGGUCGUUAGAUCAACUUUGCAUGUCCACGCCAGAGUGGUGCCAGAGUCAACCACUGGUCCUGAUUUCUAGGUUGCUCUGCAGUCAAGAUGUGGACAUCUCUAGAAACGAUUAAGAGUGGAGCACAUCGAGAAGAUACUUCUAGAACUGUGGAAAUAAAAGAAUUCGAUCUGUUUUGGGUCAAACAAAUGUUUGGUAAGAACUUUAAAAGAAUGUUCGAAGGGAAAUGGACGGACGAGAGAUAUUACCUAGUUUUGUACGUUAUUGUACUGUUGUAUACAAUGACUGAGAAUGUAACACUCACGAUUUUUCCAUCCUUCUCCUCCCUGACUAGAAAUUGUCGUACCAAUUACUUUUUAGUCAUGGUGGCCUCCCUGGGUCCGUUUGCCGCUGCGGUGCCCCAACUGGACCCUACUUGUGAACCCACCCUCGAUAUCACCAAAGCCUCUUCUUUGGACAUCAACAAACCCGUUGUACUGUCACUAGUGGCCCACUUCGAUGGCUGAUCGUUGGCUCCAACCGUGAUUACGGCAUGAAAUCCUCUCACUCCCAGCUUUAAGGCAUUAAGGAGUGGCGUUUUUUCUGGGUUUGGCACCGGUGAAGAGCUGUGGUCUGCUAGUCCAGACCGUUCAAAUGCGGAUCAACUUUGUCCGCCCACACCAGAGUGGUGCCAGAGUCAACCACUGGUCCUGAUUUCUAGAUUGCUCUGCAGUCAAGAUGGGGACAUCUCUAGAAACGAGUCAGAGUGGAGCACAUCGAGAAGAUACUUCUAGAACUGUGAUAAUAAAAGAAUUCGAUUGGUUUUGUGUCAAACAAACGUUUGGUCAGAACUUUAAAAGAAUGUUCAAAGGGAAAUGGACAGACGAGAGAUAUUACCUAGUUUUAUACGUUAUUGUACUGUUGAAAACAAGGACUGAGAAUGUAACACUCACGAUUGUUCAACCCUUCUCCUCCCUGACUAGAAAUUGUCGUACCAAUUACUUUUUAUUCAUGGUGGCCUCCCUGGGUCCGCCGGCCACUGCGGUGCCCCAACUGGACCCUACUUGUGAACCCACCCUCGAUAUCACCAAAGCCCCUUCUUAGGACAUCAGUAAACCCAGUGUACUGUCACUAGUAGCCCACUUCGAUGGCUGGCUACGACCGUGGUUACGGCAUGAAACCUCUCACUCCCAGCUUUAAGGCAUUAAGGAGUGGCGUUUUUUUCUGGGUUUGGCACCGGUGAAGAGCUGUGGUCUGCUAGUCCAGACUGUUCAAAUGCGGAUCAACUUUGCCCGUCCACACCAGAGUGGUGCCAGAGUCAACCACUGGUCCUGAUUUCUAGGUUGCUCUGCAGUCAAGAUGUGGACAUCUCUAGAAACGAUUAAGAGUGGAGCACAUCGAGAAAAGACUUCUAGAACUGUGGAAAUAAAAGAAUUCGAUCGGUUUUGGGUCAAACAAAUGUUUGGUAAGAACUUUAAAAGAAUGUUCGAAGGGAAAUGGACGGACGAGAGAUAUUACCUAGUUUUAUACGUUAUUGUACUGUUGAAUACAAUGACUGAGAAUGUAACACUCACGAUUGUUCAACCCUUCUCCUCCCUGACUAGAAAUUGUCGUACCAAUGACUUUUUAUUCAUGGUGGCCUCCCUGCGUCAUUGCGGUGCCCCAACUGGACCCUACUUGUGAACCCACCCUCGAUAUCACCAAAGCCCCUUCUUCGAACAUCAGUAAACCCGUUGUACUGUCACUAGUGGCCCACUUCGAUGGCUGGCUACGACCGUAGUUACGGUGUGAAACCUCUCACUCCCAGCCUUAAGGCAUUAAGAAGUGGUGUUUUUUCUGGGUUUGGCACCGGUGAAGAGCUGUGGUCUGCUAAUCCAGACCGUUCAAAUGCGGUCGUUAGAUCAAUUUUGCCCGUCCACGCCAGAGUGGUGCCAGAGUCAACCACUGGUCCUGAUUUCUAGGUUGCUCUGCAGACAAGAUUGUGGACAUCUCUAGAAACGAGUAAGAGUGGAGCACACCGAGAAGAUACUUUUAGAACCGUGGAAAUAAAAGAAUUCGAUCGGUUUUGUGUCAAACAAAUGUUUGGUGAGAACUUUAAAAGAAUGUUCGAAGGGAAAUGGACGGACGAGAGAUAUUACCUAGUUUUGUAUGUUAUUGUACUGUUCAAUACAAUGACUGAGAAUGUAACACUCACGAUUGUUCAACCCUUCUCCUCCCUGACUAGAAAUUGUCGUACCAAUGACUUUUUAUUCAUGGUGGCCUCCCUGGGUCCGCCGGCCACUGCGGUGCCCCAACUGGACCCUACUUGUGAACCCACCCUCGAUAUCACCAAAGCCCCUUCUUCGGACAUCAGUAAACCCCUUGUACUGUCACUAGUGGCCCACUUCGAUGGCUGGCUACGACCGUAGUUACGGCAUGAAAUCCUCUCACUCCCAGCUUUAAGGCAUUAAGGAGUGGCGUUUUUUCUGGGUUUGGCACCGGUGAAGAGCUGUGGUCUGCUAGUCCAGACCGUUCAAAUGCGGAUCAACUUUGCCCGUCCACACCAGAGUGGUGCCAGAGUCAACCACUGGUCCUGAUUUCUAGGUUGCUCUGCAGUCAAGAUGUGGACAUCUCUAGAAACGAUUAAGAGUGGAGCACAUCGAGAAAAUACUUCUAGAACUGUGGAAAUAAAAGAAUUCGAUCGGUUUUGUGUCAAACAAAUGUUUGGUAAGAACUUUAAAAGAAUGUUCGAAGGGAAAUGGACGGACGAGAGAUAUUACCUAGUUUUGUACGUUAUUGUACUGUUGUAUACAAUGACUGAGAAUGUAACACUCACGAUUUUUCCAUCCUUCUCCUCCCUGACUAGAAAUUGUCGUACCAAUUACUUUUUAGUCAUGGUGGCCUCCCUGGGUCCGUUUGCCGCUGCGGUGCCCCAACUGGACCCUACUUGUGAACCCACCCUCGAUAUCACCAAAGCCCCUUCUUUGGACAUCAACAAACCCGUUGUACUGUCACUAGUGGCCCACUUCGAUGGCUGAUCGUUGGCUACGACCGUGGUUACGGCAUGAAAUCCUCUCACUCCCAGCUUUAAGGCAUUAAGGAGUGGCGUUUUUUCUGGGUUUGGCACCAGUGAAGAGCUGUGGUCUGCUAGUCCAGACCGUUCAAAUGCGGAUCAACUUUGUCCGUCCACACCAGAGUGGUGCCAGAGUCAACCACUGGUCCUGAUUUCUAGAUUGCUCUGCAGUCAAGAUUGUGGACAUCUCUUGAAACGAGUAAGAGUGGAGCACAUCGAGAAGAUACUUUUAGAACUGUGGAAAUAAAAGAAUUCGAUCGGUUUUGUGUCAAACAAAUGUUUGGUAAGAACUUUAAAAGAAUGUUCGAAGGGAAAUGGACGGACGAGAGAUAUUACCUAGUUUUGUACGUUAUUGUACUGUUGAAUACAAUGACUGAGAAUGUAACACUCACGAUUGUUCGAUCCUUCUCCUCCCUGACCAGAAAUUGUCAUACCAACGACUUUUUAUUCAUGGUGGCCUCCCUGAGUCUGCCGGCUACCGCAGUGCCCCAACUGGACCCUACUUGUGAACCCACCCUCGAUAUCACCAAAGCCCCUUUCUUUGGACAUCAACAAACCCGUUGUACUGUCACUAGUGGCCCACUUCGAUGGCUGAUCGUUGGCUACGACCGUGGUUACGGCAUGAAAUCCUCUCACUCUCAGCUUUAAGGCAUUAAGGAGUGGCGUUUUUUCUGGGUUUGGCACCAGUGAAGAGCUGUGGUCUGCUAGUCCAGACCGUUCAAAUGCGGAUCAACUUUGCCCGUCCACACCAGAGUGGUGCCAGAGUCAACCAUUGGUCUUGAUUUCUAGGUUGCUCUGCAGUCAAGAUGUGGACAUCUCUAGAAGAUACUUCUAGAACUGUGGAAAUAAAAGAAUUCGAUCGGUUUUGUGUCAAACAAAUGUUUGGUAAGAACUUUAAAAGAAUGUUCGAAGGGAAAUGGACGGACGAGAGAUAUUACCUAGUUUUAUACGUUAUUGUACUGUUGAAUACAAUGACUGAGAAUGUAACACUCACGAUUGUUCGAUCCUUUUCCUCCCUGACUAGAAAUUGUCUUGAAUUGAUCACUUGACACUUUAAAAUUCGUAAAAUGAUUACAGGGGUUUGUUGUGCAUGUAGCACUGCUGGCAUGUGAUCGGUAUUCAAAGGUUAGUGAGUUAAAGAUGCAUGGUGAAGAGUUACUGUAUAGUUUCGUCAAUGGUGUGCAUGUGCACUGUAUGACUACAGCUUCCCUAGUUCGGUUGGUUGAAUGAAUUCCAAAAGGAGAAUUGUGUCCCGCUCCCCCUAUAAAGACAAGAAUCCCCUUUUUGGAGUGGUCUUGACAUAGUUACUGCAUGUACAUGGAAUGUAAACAUGCAAAAAAUGUUUCUGGUCAAACCCAAACCUCAGGGUCUCUUCUUUAUAAACCGUUGUGUGACCAAGUCGUCCAUGGAAGUGUUGCCCAUGAGCACGUGGGCAGGUUCCACAUGCUUCCAAACAACAUGUUUACAACCGUCUUUUAAUAUUUGGUAACAACGUCAUAGAACUUGUCUGUACUCUACAAAAAUCUGACCGUCCGGAUUCUUUGAACCAUUCAGAUUGUCCCGAAGGACAAAUAACUGUGAAGUUCUGGAAACGCCGAACAUCGGUAUUGUGUCGCCUGUAAAUGUUCAAGCUGUCAGUGUUGUGGCAAUCAAGCUACUGCUAAAAACAUCGGUCAUUCAUUCCAAAAACCAGUUCUGUUGUGUUUUCAGGAUUACUCUCCUGGUUUCUCUCUGCUUUGAAGAUCCUGUACCAUACCAAUGUAAAAGUUCAUAUGUUGAUACCAAAGCGAUUGAAAUGUGGAUAUUUUUUGAGAAUUGAUGUCUUAAUAAAGGUUUUUA